AUCCGACAAGAAUCAAUUUUCUCGUGAUACUUUCUUUUUCCUUCUCUUUCGUCCUCGUUUGUGACCAGAAGGCGAUCAAACUCAAUCAUCAGAACUCCAUAUGCCUCUCUUGAUAUUCUUUUUGAUUUCCUAUAGACUUCUCAACUUUGUCAGCUGUUCAGGGCCAUGAAGAUGAGUUAUGUAUUUCCAUGGCUAUGGAAGGUAGAAAGCAGACGGCUUCUAUGGCUAUUGGGACUCACAUUUGCACUCAUUGUCACCUUCCAAUACGUCGAGCUACCAUACUCUAUCUCCUCUCUCUUCUCUUCCACCAAGAUGCCCGUUUCAAGAAACUCAACUUCACUUAUAGGAGACCGUAAGCAUCAUAAUGAUAACUUUACUCCAGCAAUGGUACCGAGCUUCUCCCAAAACAAUGCUACUUUGGUGGAUGAUUCUGACAAAGAAGCUGUAUUCCAGCCUUCAUUACCUACUUCAAAUUCGUCUCCGGUCAAGGAAAACGCAACCGCAACCGCCCCUGUCGCUAGUGUAGAGGCACCAGCUGCGUUACCUGGUUUAAAACCGUCUCCGGUUAAGGAUAACGCAACAGUAAAUGUGGCUAGUGCGAAGGUCCCAGCUGCUUUACCUGGUUUAAACCAGUCUCCUUUAAAGCAAAACGCUACACUACCUAGAACUAGCAAAGUACAUGACAAGAAUUCAACUAAAGAAGAUGUUGGUGAUGCUUCUCAUGUUGUGAGAUUUGUACCUGACAUAAAGGAGAACGCAAAAACGACUGAUUCAGGAGUGAUGUCCAUAUAUGAGAUGAGCAAGCAGCUGCGUCGAAACCGUAUUUCUCAUAAUCGUCUUGCGAAGAAACCAAAAUGGGUUACUAAACCUGACCUAGAGCUUUUACAAGCAAAACAUGAGAUUGAGAAUGCACCAAUUGAUGACAAAGAUCCUCUCCUCUAUGCACCUCUUUAUCACAAUGUUUCCAUCUUCAAACGGAGCUAUGAGAUGAUGGAGGAGAUGUUGAAGGUUUAUGUAUACAAAGAAGGAGAUAAACCUAUAAUGCACACUCCAAGACUCGGAGGGAUAUAUUCAUCCGAAGGCUGGUUCAUGAAACUUAUUGAAUCCAACAACAAAUAUGUCACAAAGGACGCUACAAAGGCUCAUCUUUUCUACUUACCAUUCAGUUCCCAGAUGCUCGAGGAGACUCUAUAUGUAAAGAAUUCUCAUAGUCACCGCAAUCUCAUUAAGUAUCUAAAAGACUAUAUUGACUUCAUUUCCAUAAAAUAUCCUUUUUGGAACCGAACUUCUGGAGCUGAUCAUUUCCUUGCCGCCUGCCAUGACUGGGCUCCAUCGGAGACACGGAAGCAUUUUUCCAAGACUAUAAGGGUGUUGUGUAACUCGGAUGUUAAAGAAGGCUUUGUCUUUGGAAAGGACACAUCUCUACCCGAGACAUACGUUAGAGAUCCCAAGAAACCACUAAGUAACAUCGGUGGCAAGUCUGCGUCCAAAAGGCCAACACUAGCUUUCUUUGCUGGUCAACCCGAUCACGGGUACGUUAGGCCAAUACUACUCUCUUACUGGGGUAACAACAAAGAUCCUGACCUGAAAAUAUUUGGGAAGCUUCCGAGGUCUAAAGGAAACAAGAACUAUCUUCAGUUCAUGAAGAGGAGCAAGUACUGCAUUUGCGCUAAAGGGUAUGAAGUGAACAGCCCUAGGGUGGUGGAGGCUAUUUUCUAUGAUUGUGUUCCAGUCAUCAUAUCUGAUAACUUUGUGCCACCUUUCUUCGAGGCUUUGAACUGGGAGUCGUUUGCGGUUUUUGUGUUGGAGAAAGAUAUCCCCAACUUGAAGAAGAUUUUGAUGUCUAUAUCGGAACGUAGGUACAAGCAAUUGCAGAUGAGAGUAAAGAGAGUGCAGAAGCAUUUUUUGUGGCAUGUGAAGCCUGAGAAGUAUGAUAUGUUUCACAUGAUUCUUCAUUCGGUUUGGUUUAACCGAGUUUUCCAAAUUUCGGUUUAGAAGUUCUUUAUCAAACAAA